CCUCGGCUGCAGAGUGAGGCGGUGUGUGAUUGGUCACACCCCCUUGUCUUUGUGUGGCGCAAAGGAUUGUGGGUAGCCCUUGACUGAAUGCUCAUUUGUGUGUGAGAGUGGGGAAAAAAGGGGGGGGCUGAGUUUGUGUGUGUGUGUGGGCGCGUGAGAACUGAGCAGGACGACGCCUGUGUGUGUGUGUGUGAGGAGGGGGAGGAGCUGAGAGUGUGUGUGAAAGAGAGGAGGAUGAGCUAGCGUGUGUGUUUGAGUGUGUGUGUGAGAGAGAUCUGCGUUACCAGCAGGAGCUGCACUGGAUUUUUACCAGAUCUUUUUCUUCUGAAGCAGGAUCAAUAACAGCUGAGGUGAUGUGUCACCCAUCAGUAUGUCCCCCAUCAGCCAAUCACAGUUCAUCCCUUUGGGAGAAGUACUGUUAUUGGCUAUCUCUGCUAUGAACUCCGCCCACAAGCCUGUGACUCAGGAGGCUCUGACCGAACAUCUGCAGACAUGUUUCCCAGGUGUUCCCACGCCAACAGAGGAGGUUCUGCACCACACGUUGGGCAUGCUGGUCCGUGAGCGGAAGAUCUACCCAACACCUGACGGAUAUUUUAUCGUCACCCCUCAGACAUACUUCAUCACCCCGAGCCUCAUCAGAACCAGCUCCAAGUGGUACCACUUAGACGAGCGGUCAGCUGAGCGACACCAGCAGCAGCAUCAGAACCAGCAGACGCAGUGCACCUCCCCUCUCUCGGGCACCAUCACCCCCUCCACCUCUGGACCCGUCAGGGACAGAUUGCACCCUAAGUCCAGCCAGAACCACAGCGGGGGAGGAGGAGGAGGCGGGGAUACAUUCUACAACAACAGUUACCGUGGUGAAGACCCUCCCAGCCACCACACCACCCUGUCACGCAGAUCCCCCAAAGACCACCGGGAGGCGUACUCGUCCCCACACUCCCCACAAACUCCUCCUCAGCAGGCAGGAGGAACCACGGAGAAGAGCCGCAGCAGCCUCGGGUUCCCCUUCAAGACGGACACACUCACCAAGCACCGAGGAGGGGGAGGGGGCGGGGGAGGAGGAGGGACAGGAACAGGAGAGGUGGAGAAACAGGCAGGUGGAGGCAGUGGAACAGGAAGUCGUAAGUUUGGCCUGAAGCUGUUCCGUCUGAGCUUUAAGAAGGACAAGGCCAAGCAGCUGGCCACCUUCUCGGCUCAGUUCCCUCCUGAGGAGUGGCCGCUCCGCGACGAGGAGGUGCCCAGCCAGCUGCCCCGCCACGUUGAGAUGGAGAUCAUCCGCAGGAUCAACCCUGACCUCACGGUGGAGAACCUGGCUCGCCAUACAGCCGUCAUGAAGCGUCUGGAAGAGGAGCGUGCUCAGAGGAGCAAAGCUUCAUCAGCCAAUCAGAGCUCGAGGAGCAGGAGGAGCGGGGGCCGUCAUAGGAAGCAGUCUCAGGCCAAACUGAGCCGCUCUCACAGUAAGACCAGGGCAUCCCGUGGUGAGCCCAGUGACCUGGAGCUGCCCGACCGGGACUACCGAGCAUACUCAUCCUCGCUGGCCCGGUCGCCGAGGGAACACGCCCUCGCCAUGGAACGGCAGCGUGCCCGGCUUCAUCUGGCGCACAGCAACCCCAACAUCCUCGAUUCCUCCCACCUUCCUGUCACUCCUGAGUGGGACGUGUCUGGAGAGCUCGCCAAGCGCCGCACAGAGAUGCCUUUCCCCGAGCCGAGCCACGGCCCUUCGGCCCACCACUCCAAAGUGCACCGCUCACACUCGCACACCCAGGAGAGGAAGUCCAGGAAUGAGCGCAGCGACAAGGCCAAGGAGCGAUCCCGGUCCAUGGACAAUUCCAAAGGACCGCUCGGGGCCGGGCUCAUCGGGCCGCCGGAUUACUAUGACGACCGGAGCCGCUACUACACAGACGAUGGAACCCUCAGAGCCAAUCAGAGCUCCGCUCAUUACUCUCGAGCCACGCCCCCUUCGGCUAAGCAUCCUGUGGACUCUUUAGGGCUGGAUGGUGGGCGGAGCUUAGAGAAGAGUAAGAGCAGGGACAGCCUGCCCGCUUACUCUCCAAAACCACUUCUCCCCUCCAUCCCCCCGGAUGAUUACUUCCAGUGCUCGGGUUCAUCUGAGGCCGUCCUCACAGCUGCUAACACGCUUGGAACUCUGGGUAAGAGCAGCCACGAGGGGUUAAAAGUGGGCGGGACUGACAGGCAGACUGACAGACAGACUCCCCACACCCUGGACAGUAAGGAGGACUUGUCAAAGGUUGGGCCUAAAGGGGGCAGCCUGCCUCCGAUACCUCUGUCUAUUCCUGACCCCCCGCUUGCCAACGGCAGACCCCCCCACAGCUCCUCCUCUGGUCAGGAGAAACGUAAGGAGAUCUUUAGUAAAGACACACUCUUCAAACCUCCUCCCAGCCUCCCCCUACCUGGGUACAGCUCCCUGAGGAAAACCCCCGCUCUGGUCGCUUCUACCCUGUCCUCAUCCUGUGAUGCUAUUGAUUCCCAGGAGGCCUUUGACGCCCCAAAACCUCUGGUGGCCACAUCGUCCGCCCCUCCACCAGGGAUCGAAGCGACUCCUGGUGCCGCAGAGGCCUCUUUUGACUACUACAACGUGUCCGACGAUGAGGAGCUGGAGGAGGGUGGGGCUAAGAGUCGAGGGGAGGACGAGAAGUCUGGAGGAGGUGUUGUUGGGAGGGGAGGGGGUGGAGCAGGGACCAUGCAGUGGCUGCUGGAGAGGGAGAAGGAGAGGGACCUUCAGAGGAGGUUUGAGAGGACUCUGGCCUUCCCUGGUGCUAAAGAGAACCUUCCAGAACCCGCUCAGAACCAGCAGUCAGCUCACUCUGCUCGACUGGACAGCAUGGACUCCAGCUCGGUAACUGUGGACAGUGGAUUCAACUCACCAAGGACGAGGGAGAGUUUGGCGUCGAACACCUCCUCCAUCGUGGAGAGUAACCGUCGGCAGAACCUGGCUCUGAGCCCCGGACACCUCGGCAUCACCUCCGGGAACGGACCCCCGUUCUCCUUCAGAGCCAUCCCAGAACCUUCCGGAACCCAACCUGAGAAACUCCAGAAGCCCAACGCCUGCCUCGCGUCAAUCACCAGUGUGUAGGGGGCGGGGCUAAGGGCUGGGAGGAGCGCUGAGACCCGAUGGAUAGGAACUACAAAUCCAACCCCCCCCCCCCCCCCCCCAAAAAAAAAAGGACUGUUACACCUUCAGACUGACGGACUGUCUGAGUCAGUGGAACUGUUAACACACACACACACACACACACACACACACACACACACACACACACACACACACACACACACACACCAGGCAGACUCUAACAUUAUCAUCUACAGCCUCCAGUUUACACACCGCUGUUGUGUUGUUUCACUUAUGUGGGUUGUAGUUGUGUGUGUGUGUGUGUGUGUGUGUGUGUGUGUGCACGUGUGUGUAUUAUCUGUUAUCUCAGGUCAUGUUAUUUCCCAUCUGGCUGCUCCAAGUCAGCACGUCUCCCUCUGCUGGUGCCUCCUGGUAUUACACUCUGAAAAAGCUGCAAAGCUGCUCUGCUGACUACUGAUGCUGAGGUUACACACACACACACACACACACACCUGGUACUAACAUGAGUGUGCACAGGUGAUCUGAACCCCCCUCCCUGCUCAUUGAGGAGGUAAACAUAGAUGUGAUUUCUAUCAUGAAAAACACUUAAAAUAGAAGUUACUCUCUGUCUCUUCAUUCAUAUUUUUCAGGAUCGUCCCUUAAUCAAAAUUUAAUUCAGUGUAUCUUAUCUGACUAAAGCAGGAGGGUAUUUUGUCCUGUUUAUUUCAGGUGUGAACCUGAAAAAAGAAACAGGUUCUCUCAAGAGAAGAAACCAACCUUUAAAAUGUUUCAUGGAGGUCAGAUCUAUCGUUUCAGAUGCAUUCAAGGUAGCCUGGAAAUCGAAACGCUGGCUGGCUUUCACGUCACGGCGUCAAGUAGAAAUGUUUGAUCUAGAUCAGAUAGUUAGCUGCACAUUAAUCCAGAUAUCUGUUGAUAGAGUCGUCGGAUUACCGCUGAUGUUCGUCGCUUUGGGUUAAAGCGUCUGCUGACUGGAAUGUCAUUAACGCAGUUUGUUCUCUGUCCACUUUUGGUUUCCAUACCAACUGUUUUUCCUGCACACAACAAAGUCUGCUGAUUCAUAAUAUGUCAUAGCAGAACAUCCAGAGCCUGUGUACAGAUUCUACGUGUAUAAAAUGUAAAUAGAGUUUAUCUUUAUCUGGACCAGAGCAGCUCUGAAUGUGGUCUGAGGGAUCAGAACUCUGCCGGUCUAAGGUGUGUUUUCACCUGAACCUGCAUCUCCAUGAACUCAUGUUAGUACCGGGUGUGAACGAGGCCUCUCUCUCUCUCUCUCUCUCUCUCUCCCUCUCUCAGCAGAGAGAGGGGCUUGAUAUUCAAACAUGUGAGACGUUCAGACAGGUGGUCGAUGUGUUCCCACAGUUUUCUGAUGUAGAAUGAAGCAGAGCAGCUCUCACCUGUUGUUACCUUCCUGCAGACAGACCCUCCUCUUCCUCUCUGUGACUCCUCAUGUCCCCAUACUGACCUCUGCACAGGACAGGAGGAACUCACCUGUAUCAACCAGUAUCGUCACUCUACCGGAAUAUCAAACUCCAAUACCAUUCUUGUAAAAAUCUCAAAUUUCACCAGUUUCGAUACCACAGCAACAAAAUUCGAUUGUUUUUUAAUCAACAGAAACUCCGACAGUACUUUGUCUAAAUUUCACAAAAACAUUGGCAACAUGUUGGUACCAUAACGUUGACUGAGGCCCUGUGUCUACCUGCAGCUGUAUGUCUUGUUUCCAUGACAACAGGCCGCUGCGAUUUGAGAUCGUCUUUCUCCUUCACUUUGAGCGUCAAACGGAGGAUGCUCGCCCUCCUACUUUGUCUGAACUCAGUAAUAAAGACGCCGCUGCUAUCACGGCUACAGCCGGACACGGAGUGAGGACCAGACCGAUCUACUUCAUGAUUGGCUGUUUGAAAAAACGCAAUGACGUCAACAGCGCUCUUCUGAAAAGUUUAACAAUUUUCAACACAAAGCGCUCGGAGUGGCUGCACUAAAAAAGGCAGAACUCUCUGGGCGCCUCCUGCUGCACACGCUCUCUCCUCUUUGGAAACAAUUUCAAAAGACGCCAUGUGGUCAUGGGGCCUGACUGGAGAUCUGUCGUUUUUUACAGCUUUGAUCAUUUAGACGUGGUUAGUAUGAAAUGAGAACGACAGUGAGGAGAGGAAACAAAGAAAUAUAAGAACUGAGUAAAUAAGAUGUGAAAUACUUUAUUUCUAUUCAAAUACCUGAAUAUAUGUACAGUGUAUAGAAACUUUUAUUUAUGGACAUGUAAGGCAGUGUUAAUGACACACUGCUCUUUGUUUCUCUCCUCACAUGAAGAACAACUUUAUAUUUUAUUGAUUUAUAUAAACUUUAUUAACGUCUAAAACCCUGAUUCACAGUACAAAUCACAUGAUAUCAAAUCUGUUUGGUUACCACGGCAACACAAAUCAAAGUACCCGAUAUCAGGUAAUGUCUGGUUUCUAUGAACAACAAUCACAGGUAAAAUCCUGAUCCAAUGUAUUUGUGUAAUUUAGACCAUGUGCAGGAGUCUGCAAGAGACUUUUAAUGGACUUAAUGGAUUAACUCAUCCAUUCAAAGCAGAGGGAGCAACUUGUGGUUAAGUGUUUUACCCAAGGACACAUGGGACAUGUGGCUGCAGGAGCAGGGGAUCAAACCCCUGACCUUCCAGUUCAGAGACGACGACUCUAAAAACUGAGCCACAGCCGCCCCAUGCACAUUUCUUAUGAAACAGACGUUGCGUUUUCAUAUUUUUCUGUGCUUUCGAGAUGUUCGAUCACUAAAAUAAAAAAGAUUGUAUCGUUUGAAUACAGCAUCGAACAUUUACCUCCAAACAGACAUGAUGCUGUGUGGAUGUUAAAGAGACAAAUAUUCUUAAUUCAAACACGAUGAAUUAAUGUCAUAUUCAAACUCAUAACCUUGUUUUCUAAACGUGCCGUCGCUCUGAAUCUAAAGCUGGUGAACUAUGUUUGCACAGCGUCCAAACUCUUUCUGGUUUAAGGAGGUUACAAAGAAUCCACAAGGUCUGACAAGAAAAAGAUUGUGAAAACAUGUGCCAUUAAUGCCAUUUUUUAAACUCAUCAUGAAAGACCCAACAGCCAAUCACAGAGCAGACAUAAACUGUGGCUAACGUUAGCAGUGCUAACGCCGACAGACUUUAACCUCCAUUUACUAGACCAGUAUUCUGAGACACCGCGCUGCUUCUGGGCUUGUUUACAUCAUGUAGCAUUAGACCAGCGUAUCGGACCUGAUAUUACGAUUAGUAGUUUAAGUAGUUUUUGCAAAUCGUGCACAUCUCUACCUUCAAACAUGAGGAAAAAUAAUUAAGCUAACGUUAGCAGCAGCUCUUCCUCUGUCAUCUGCAGCCCCCCCAAAGAGCAGCAGAAGAGUUUGAUUUGAGCAUGAAGCUUCUUUAUUCAGGCUCUCGGGUCAGUUUGUUUCCGAAAGGAGGAGGAGGAGGAGGAGGAGGAGAUGAUGAGACGAAGAUGAGACGGAGCAGCUUCAGGAGGACGUGAGGAGUCACAGUCAGAGAGCAAGCAGCUGACUUUAAAAAAACACUGAGAUGAAAUGUGUGACAUCAGAGGAUGACGAUUGUGCUGAAUGUCAGAGUUUAGCUGAGUGAGUGUGUGUGUGUGAGAGGUGUGACACACAACAAGAAGGGACUUUACUUUCCUGUUUCAGUAUUACUACAUGCUAACAACGCUCUACCAUCCACUCACACUUCACUUCUACCCGGGUCGUCACGAUACCACAGUCUCAAACUUUAACGAUAUCCAUUCACAACAAUAGAGGUCCUAGUCCGUCUAAACUGCACAAAAACAUUGGCAACAUAUCGGUACUGAAACGUUGCCAAUGUUUUUGUGCAGUUUAGACAUGGGCAGGAACUUUUUGUAAAACAAAACUAUUGUUUUUAAAUGUGGUAUUGAAAAUAGGAACAUUUUGACGACCUUACUCUUAACCAUCCAUCCACACACACACAGAGUCACCUCCAUGAUUACUUGACUUUCACCUCAAACUGGAUCGUCCCCUGAGCCGCUCUCACUCCUGGUGCUACGAUGUGUUCUGGUGUGUGUCGGCCAUGAUGACAGUGAUGAUGUAAUGGAGUAUUAAACGACUUCUCUCACAGGUGUGUACAGGUUAGCUCUCGGCAUCAGUGUAAACAGGUCACACAUGGACUGAUGGACCACUCGACUCACACACUGGGGGGGGGGGGGGGGA